CCUGGAGGGACCAAUCCAAUGUUACUCCCUCGUUCCGCGGAAAGAUUAGGCUGCUGCGUGCAGCGGUGACUGGUGAGCAGCAAAGCUUCCGGUGCUCGCCGUCGAUUCGUUAAUGGCCUCGGCCUCUCCCUGCGCCUGCGGCGCUCCAUCCCCGUCGCUGCGAUGCCCUCUCGCACUGUCGCUCCCCUUCGCCUCCUUUCCUCCCGCCGUUCGGCUCGCCGCCCCGCCGCUUCUCCCGCGCCGCCUCGCCAUCUCGCGCCCAAGGGCCGCGUCGGCGCUGGAGGCCCUCGUGCAGGAGUCAGACGACGAGGGCGACGAAGCGGAGGAGGAGGUCGGGGCGGGCCUGUUCCAGGGCGAGGCGUGGGCGGCGGCGGCCGAAGAGAGGGACGCGGUGAGGUCCCCCGAACUGCAGGUGUUCGAGCUCGAGGAGCUGCCGGAGCAGUGGAGACGGUCGAGGAUCGCCUGGCUCUGCAAGGAGCUCCCCGCCUACAAGCACUCCACCUUCACCCGCAUCCUCAACGCCCAGCGCAAGUGGAUCACCCAGGACGACGCCACCUACAUCGCCGUCCACUGCCUCCGCAUCCGCAACAACGACGCCGCGUUCCGGGUGUACAGCUGGAUGGUACGGCAGCACUGGUACCGCUUCAACUUUGCGCUAGCGACAAGGGUGUCCGAUUGCCUAGCCAGAGAAGGCAAGGUUGAGAAGUGCCGAGAGGUGUUCGAUGCGAUGGUGAAGCAAGGCCGAGUGCCUGCCGAAUCCACCUUCCACAUAUUGGUCGUUGCAUAUCUCAGCGUGCCAGGGGGGCGUUGUCUUGAGGAGGCAUGCACCAUCUACAACCAGAUGAUACAGAUGGGUGGCUACAAGCCUCGCCUUAACCUGCACAAUUCAGUGUUCCGUGCACUUGUGAGCAAGACAGGAGGCACGGCGAAGCACAAUCUCAAGCAGGCUGAGUUUGUUUAUCACAAUAUAGUCACGAGCAAUCUUGCAGUGCACAAGGAUGUUUUUGUGGGGCUUAUCUGGAUUCACAGCUAUCAAGAUGUCAUUGAUAGAGACAGGAUCGAAGCUCUUAGGGAUGAGAUGAAGCGAGCGGGGUGUGAGGAGACUACUGAUGUGCUGGUGUCACUGAUGAGGGCCUUCUCCAAGGAAGGUGAUAUUAAAGAAACAGAGGCAACAUGGUAUAGGCUUCUUCAGAGUGGUUGUGAGCUCCCUGCUCAGGCUUAUAUCUGCCGAAUGGAGCUUUAUGCACGCACUGGUGAGCCUAUGAAAUCCCUUGAAAUAUUCAAGGAAAUGAAAGGUCGGAAUGUACCUCCCAAUGUUGCAUCGUAUCAUAAGAUAAUUGAGAUAAUGACAAAAGCUAGAGAGAUAGAUACCGCAGAAAAACUCAUGGAUGAGUUUGUUGAAAGCCAUAUGAAACAUCUGAUGCCAGCAUUUAUUAACAUGAUGUAUAUGUAUCUAGAUCUUGAUAUGCAUGAAAAAUUGGAGCAGACAUUCACAAAAUGCCUUGGCCGGUGUCGUCCAAAUAGAAUUUUGUACACCAUCUAUCUGGAGUCAUUGGUGAGGAUUGGAAAUAUUGCUAAAGCCGAGGAGAUCUUUGGUGAAAUGCAUAAAAAUGGGACCAUAGGUACUAAUGCCAAGUCUUGCAACAUCAUGCUUAGAGGGUAUCUUUCCGCAGAGGACUAUCAGAAAGCUGAAAGCAUUUAUGAUUUAAUGUGUAAAAAAAAGUAUGAUGUACCAGUGGACUCUUUCGAAAAACUUCAAAGUGGUCUCCUCACUAGCAAGAAAGUUGUCAAGCCGCCAAAACCUGUGAGCAUGAAGUUGGAUGAAGAGCAGCGUGAGAUUUUGAUCGGUUUGCUACUUGGAGGCACUCAAAUAGAAUCUCAUGCACGGAAAGGGGUUCACAUCGUCAACUUUAAGUUCCAAGAAGAUUAUAAUUCUCAUUCAGUUCUAAGGGCACACAUUCAUGAACGUUUCUUUGAAUGGCUUCCUUCAGCAUGCAGAUCACUCAAUGAUGACAGUGAGAUCCCUUAUCAAUUUUCAUCCAUACCCCAUGCACAUUUUGGUUUCUUUGCAGAUCAGUUCUUUCUGAAAGGCCAGCCAGUUCUCCCAAAGCUUGUCCAUCGAUGGUUAUCCCCACGUGUUCUGGCAUAUUGGUUCAUGUUUGGGGGCUUCAGACUCCAAUCAGGUGAUAUUGUUCUUAAGGUCAGUGGUGGGAACGUUGAUGGUGUUGAAAGAAUUGUGAACUCCUUGCAAACACAGUCUUUAACAUGCAAAGUGAAGAGGAAAGGGAGAUUCUUUUGGAUAGGUUUUCAGGGAAGCAAUGCCGACUCGUUCUGGAAAAUAAUUGAACCUUAUGUAUUGGACAGUUUUACGGGUUCUAUGAUGCAGGAAAGCCAUAGCAUCGGUUCAGAUGGCUCGCGAGAUAGUGAUACCGAUUAUGAGGAUGAUACGCAGAGGUAUAAUACAGAAAAAACUGAACAGUGAGGACAGACAGUGUAUGUUCACAAGUAUUGUAGGCUCUACAGUAUAUUGGUCAUGCAUGGUUUCCUACUAACACCAAUUGCCCAGAUUGAUCUGUCACCUAUCCGUCUGGUCCUCUGUGGUUGUAGCGCUGUACUCUAGACAGUUCUAGGCAGAAAUAUUUAUAUUCCGAUUUGCACAUGUGUUCAGUUUUGCUC